CUACGCAGUACUAUUUUUUUCUGCCCCCAAGCCGAAGCCAUGUUCCGAAAAAGCCAUGCAACCCACCCUCGAACGAUGGAGAAGCUUAAGCUUAAUUCAAGGACAGGGAGUCUAAUCAAAUCAGAAACGUCGACGGGGGUGCCACUCACGUUGUAUUUGUCCUAGCGCGCCCCCCCUUAAAUAGUAAAACAGCGAAAGGGGGGCCAUGCCGAGCCCUUGGUCAGCGAGCUUGGCGCAUUCUUGGGUUUCCCUUGCCCAUGCUUGGCUCUGGAAAAGAAGCUCGAGAAUCUCGGCAGAGCCAAGCACAACAACCCGCAGAUAUGCAAAAUUCGAUGGCCCCCUCUCAUUGGGUCGAACGCCGUGUUCCCCACCAAGCCCACCUUAUUCUAACAGCAAAACUCCCUGUGUCAUGUGCUGACGCGGCCCCUUCGGUGAUACUCAUCAGCAGCUGUUAGUGAUUGUCGGCCGGCCGGUAGAUAAUACAGUAGGUGGUAGCUGGCCUUCGUCGUAGUAGCUUAUUGCAUUGUUUAACCUCUUCCUGGGAUCGGCACGCUUCGGAGCCUCGAGCCUAAAACUAAUGCUUUGUAGGGUCCAUAUCUCCGCGAGGUGGAACAUCGUAUACCACCAUCAGAAACUUGCCUUCCGAAAAUUACAGCAAAUCGACGGCGAAAUGGAGAAAUUCCCGCCGGCGAUCCCAUUCACUACCUAUUAUGGCAGUAUGGGUCACGGGGGAUAAAUGCGUAAGGAGAGUAACGACGGCAAAAGCCGCUGAGAUCGCGAUAGGCAGAGAUGGAGAAGAAGCUAGCCAGGUAGGUAAAAACUAGCCACCAGGUAGGUACCGCGUCUCUCGAAUGGCGCUGCACGAUAUAUUGAAAAAGCCUAACAUUACGCCC